AUGAGCCAAGAAUCACAACAGCCUGUGAUCAACCAACAAACAAGAAAACUUCUUGAAGAUCUUUUUCAAUUCCUUUCUUGUGCAUUGCCGUUUCAUAUACAACUAGCUGGCCAAGCUAGCUUAAAACGGUUAGAACUGAUCAAUAGAUUGAAGGAUGUUUUAUCUGACCAUAGUUCAAUUGAUGACGAAGAACAACAGCCAACGAUUACAUGUUCAUCUUCUGACAGUACUAAUCAAUUAAGUCGUGAUAGCGGAUCCAGCCAAAGAAGUUCCAAUGCUAGCAACAUCCAAGCGACUCUCCAUCAAGAUGGAACAUUUUUAUCAGAAGGAUUAGGUGCCAAAAAUCGAUACAAGGCUGAAUAUGACCAUGCAGGCCGCGAUGAUACUGAAUUAACAUUUGUUAAGAACGAAAUUAUUUCAAUUGGCCAUAAAUUAGACGAAAAUUGGUGGAUUGGAUUGAAAGAUGGUAUAAUUGGUCUGGUUCCUAGUGCUUUCCUCCGGCCUACAUGGUAA